AUGGCGAGCCUGAGCCAAAGGGAAAGUUAUCUGAGCUCAGAAACUGCAAAGCUCGGCGAGAGCCCCGAUCCCAGGGGUACCGAGCUGCCUCAGACGAUACAGCAAACUCUCAAGAGGACGUUGCAGUAUUAUGAACAUCAAGUUAUUGGUUACAGGGAUGCAGAAAAGAAUCUCCACCAUAUCUCUAACAGAUGCUCCUAUGCAGACCAUUCCAACAGAGAGGAAAUGGAAUACGUCUCAGGAAUUCUCCAGUGUGCUGCUAAUGUACUAGGUUUGAAGUUUGAGGAAAUUCAAGAAAGAUUUGGCGAGGAGUUCUUUAACACCUGCUUUGAAGAGAACGAGCGGGUCCUCCGAGCUGUGGGCGGCACGCUGCAGGACUUUUUUAAUGGCUUUGACGCUUUGUUGGAACACAUCCGAACUUCCUUUGGGAAGCAGGCCUCGCUGGAGUCACCCUCUUUCCUGUGCAGAGAGCUGCGUGAAGGCACGCUCAUGCUGCACUACUUCCACCCCCACCACGUGGUCGGGCUGGCCAUGCUGGGGAUGAUCAAGGCUGCAGGGAAGAAGAUCUACCGGCUGGACGUGGAGGUGGAGCAGGUUGCGGACGAGAAGCUGCGCUCUGACGGCGCCAACCCGGGCAACUGUGGCUGCCUGACUUUCCUGAUCAGAGAAUGUGAAAAUUCGAACAUUACCAAGAACCUUGUGCGGGGAACCUCCCAGGUCCCCGCGGACCUCAGAAUCAGCAUCAGCACCUUCUGCAGAGCCUUCCCGUUCCACCUGAUGUUUGACCCCAACAUGUCCGUCCUUCAGCUGGGGGAAGGCCUGCGGAAACAGCUCCGAUGCGACACUCACAAAGUGCUCAAGUUCGAGGACUGCUUCGAGAUCGUAUCUCCGAAGGUCAACGCCACCUUUGAAAGGGUCCUGCUGCGACUGUCCACCCCGUUCGUGAUUAGAACAAAGCCUGAGGCUUCUGGCACUGAAAAUAAAGACAAGGUGAUGGAGGUCAAAGGGCAGAUGAUCCACGUGCCGGAAUCCAACUCCAUCCUCUUCCUGGGCUCCCCGUGUGUGGACAAGCUGGAUGAGCUCAUGGGCCGAGGGCUGCACCUCUCAGACAUCCCCAUCCAUGACGCCACCCGAGAUGUUAUUUUGGUUGGUGAGCAGGCCAAAGCCCAAGAUGGCUUGAAGAAGAGGAUGGAUAAGUUAAAGGCAACUUUAGAAAGAACUCACCAGGCCCUGGAAGAAGAAAAAAAGAAGACGGUGGAUCUUCUGUAUUCUAUUUUCCCGGGGGAUGUCGCCCAGCAGCUGUGGCAGGGGCAGCAGGUGCAGGCCCGGAAGUUUGAUGAUGUCACCAUGCUCUUCUCAGACAUCGUGGGCUUCACGGCCAUCUGCGCCCAGUGCACGCCCAUGCAGGUCAUCAGCAUGCUGAAUGAGCUGUACACCAGGUUCGACCACCAGUGUGGGUUUCUGGAUAUCUAUAAGGUGGAAACAAUAGGUGACGCAUACUGUGUGGCCGCAGGACUCCACAGAAAGAGCCUCUGCCACGCGAAGCCCAUUGCCCUGAUGGCCUUGAAGAUGAUGGAACUGUCAGAAGAGGUGCUGACACCUGACGGAAGACCCAUUCAGAUGAGGAUAGGCAUUCACUCAGGUUCCGUGCUGGCUGGAGUUGUUGGGGUGAGAAUGCCACGUUACUGCCUGUUUGGAAAUAAUGUCACUCUGGCCAGCAAAUUCGAGUCGGGAAGUCACCCUCGGCGCAUCAACGUCAGCCCCACCACUUACCAAUUAUUAAAACGAGAAGAAAGUUUCAUAUUCAUUCCUCGGUCCCGUGAAGAGCUUCCAGAUAACUUUCCAAAGGAAAUCCCUGGGAUCUGCUAUUUCCUGGAGGUAAGAAAUGGUCCAAAGCAGCCAAAGCCUUCUCUCUCCUCAUCAAGAAUAAAAAAAGUUUCCUACAACAUCGGCACCAUGUUCCUCCGGGAGACGAGCCUCUGAGACCUGCUGCAGAUCAAAGACUCCUCCCAAAAGCACAAGCCCAGCCCCUGGGUCCGGACAGGAGCCUGGAGAGAGACUGUUUCUCUCUCAGCGAGUGCGUGGCUGAACACGAGUAUGGAAUUUCUGUGUUAUGUCAGGCAAUAAUCAUAGAAAAAGAUGGGUGACGACUGUCAACAAAAAAGCUGGAGCAUGAGG